CAUUAUAUUUUGGGGUGGGAAAAAUCCCUUGAAGUCUUCGUCUUCGUCGUCGUCAACGUUGCCUUAAAGCUGUACUUACUAUAUCAGACGAAAUAUGCAGGACGUCAUAGGUUACACUUUUCCACAGCCGGUGGAUCCCAUGGCGGCUCCACAACCGGCCGGUGAAUCCCAUUGGCUUUUGGAAUCCAACUUGUUUCGCCCUUUUGUUUGUUUGUACCCCACGUGACUAUAUAAAAUACCAUGCACCUCAUAGCUAGGUUACAUUUUCCCGCAGCCGGUGGAUCCCACGGCGGCGGGUUCCAUUCCUCCACAACCGGCCGGUGAAUCCCAUUGGCUGUUGGCUUCCAACUUGCUUGCUUCCACGUGACGAUGAACUAGGUGGCACUAUAUAAAAGACCAUGCAUGCAUUGUCUUUGUCUAGCUAGAGAGCCACCACCACCCACCAUUAGAAGUUAGAACAAGCAACAAUAUAAUGGAGAUCAUCAACCCAACCAACAAAGUCGAUGCAACGGCUCUCUACGACGCCGCAAUGAGAGGCGACACCGAAACCCUCCAAGGCCUGCUCCAGAGCGAUACCUUGCUCCUCAAGAAACUCCCGCUCUCUUCCUUCACCGAAACCCCUCUCCACACCUCGGUCCUCGCCGGCCACCUCGACUUCAGCAGAGCGCUUCUCCGCCACGAACCUCGAAUGGCGAUGGAAGUCGACGCGUCCAACUGCACCCCGCUUCACCUGGCUUCCGCUGCCGGCCACGUGGAACUUGUCAGGGCGUUGUUGGACACUGCAGGCGGCGGCUCGGAUGCCUGCCUGGUUCGCGACGUGGACGGCAGGAUUCCUCUCCACUUGGCGGCGAUGAGAGGGAGAAACGAUGUCGUCAGAGAGCUGGUCGGUGCGAGGCCGGAGUCUGUGCUUGUGAAGCUGGACGGGGGAGAGACUGUUUUGCAUCUGUGUGUGAAGUGCGGCCAUCUGGAGGCCCUGAAGGUGUUGGUACAGAUGAUGGUGAGUAGCGGCGGGAAGAAGGAUGUGAUUGAAUCCAUCUUCAGGUCGGGAGAUGAAGGUGGGAACACCAUUUUGCAUGCUGCAGCCAUGUUCAAGCAAGUUCAGACAACAAUUUACCUGGUUUCACUACCUAGCAUGGGAGCAGCAGUGAAUUCAUUGAAUGGAUUUGGCUCGACAGCCCUGGACUGCCUGGAGCUAUGUCCCAAGGACUUCAAGAGCCUACGAAUCCGAGACCUCCUCGUCGAAGUAGGCGGUAAACGAGCCAAGGAGAUGACUAGCAGCACCGAUCGUCUUCCACCACAAAAACCUUCAGCUGUAUUAAUGCAAGUAUCCACAUCAUCAGCAGCCAACAAGUCGUGCUGCAAGCCAAUGAAGUCGAUGGGGCGACGGUUCAAGAAGUUCCUCGACUACGACACCAAGUGGAUCGACGAAAUGAAAGGAUCGCUCCUCGUAGUGGCCGCCCUCAUAGCGCAGAUGAGCUUCCAUGCCGCAACCAACCCGCCAGGCGGCGUGUGGCAGCAGAACGUGUCCAACUCUACCGAGGGCUUCGGCUGCGAGGACACGAACAGCACCCUGUGCAUGGCUGGGACUUCGGUCCACGCUUACAGAGACCCGGAAGUGCUCUACAUCUUCAUGGGGCUCAACACGACGGCGUUUGGGGCAUCUUUGUGUGUCAUGCUUCUCAUCAUCGGCGGGUUUCCUCUCAGGAAGAAGUUCUUCGUGUGGCUGCUGGCGCAAGCUAUUUGCUGGGCCAUGGGGUGCAUGACGGCUGCUUUUGCGUUUGGUGCGCUGUUGGUGACGCCGACUAAGGACGAUGCACGAGUUCGAGUCGGGUGGGUGAUGUUGUAUCUUCUAGGCGCCUGGUUGGUGCUGACUCUGGUGAUUAGUCUGCUCGACACGUUUCGGUUUCUCAUCUGGCAUGGGAGAAAGUUGUGUAAGGUCGGACGAAGAGCAGUGGCCUGUUGCUGUGCUUGUGCAAGGCCCGGUGAUCAUGUUGUCUAAAAGCAGGGGUCUGGAUUUUCGAACCCAGACCGAUUGAAGUGCAGACUCAGUUGGAUGCAGGUCGAUGCUUAUUGUUCAGCGUGUUUUCUAUAUUUAUGAAGAAUAUAAUUCGGUGUUUGAAUUUAAAUGUGUUUAUGUUUGCGUUGUCUUUUUUAAUGUAGUUUUUACUUUUUUGUCCUUGACGAAUGUAAAGGUGAUAUCGAGUGUCCGCUAGCUGUUGUUAAGAAAAAUGUAUUUCAAUGAUACCAAUAAGUUUUUGACGUUCGUUAUAUAUACUACAACAAAAAUAGGAUUUUGUGACCAAAGAAUAUGGUCACCAAAUGUCAAAUAUUCGUCACAAACUUAACUUAGCGACCAAUUUAUUUUGGUUGAAGCUUUGGUCACAUUCGCCCCGUUAGGAAAAGUAAUUUCUGACCAAUAUUUGGAUUUGGUCACAAAACAUAUGAUUUUGUGACCAAAUACUAUAAUGGUCACAUAAUAAAAUGUUAAUGUGACCAAAUUUAUUGGUCUAAAAAAACCUGUCAAAAUUGUCAUGAAAAGUAUGCAAUUGGUCACAAAUAUUAUAAAAUCAAACCAAUUUAUUUCUCUUUUAGCGACCAACUGUAAAGGUCACAAUAUCAAUUAUUUAAAACCAAUAAAUUUGGUUAUCAAAAUAUGAUUCAAAACUAAUUUAAUCACCUUAAGUAACCAAAAGUAUUAGUUAUGAAACUCCUGUCACAACCAUUAAUUUAUGGUUACCAUAUGUUCUAAUUGUGACCAUUUAUUUGGUCGUUAAAAAUAUUUUGUAGCCAAUUUCCGUGUUCUGAAGCAAUAUUAUAUUGGUCACAAAGUAACCAUUUCCAACCGAGAUUUAUGGAUACUAUAUGCUCUACAGCUGAUAUACUGCAGUAAAUGUGACCAUUGAUUUUGGUUUGAAAAAGAGCAUAAUGCAUCAAUAUAUUGAUAUCAUAACA